AUGGCUCCCAAGAUCGCGAUUGUGUACUACUCGAUGUACGGCCACAUCAAGCAAUUGGCCGAUGCUGAGUUGAAGGGUAUCCAGGCAGCUGGCGGUGAUGCUCAAUUCUUCCAAGUCGCAGAGACCCUCCCUGAAGAGGUCCUCGCAAAGAUGCACGCACCCCCCAAGCCCACCGACAUCACCGUUCUCAACGACCCCUCGCAACUCGAGCCCUUUGACGGUAUCCUCUUCGGUAUUCCUACCCGGUACGGAAAUUUCCCCGCUCAGUACAAAGCCUUUUGGGACAAGAGCGGCGGACAGUGGGCGUCGGGCAGCUUCUGGGGCAAGUACGCUGGUACAUUCGUCAGCACUGGAACGCAGGGUGGUGGACAGGAGAGCACUGUCAUCUCGACGAUGAGCACAUUGAUACACCACGGAUUCAUUUUCGUGCCAUUGGGCUACAAGACCGUUUUUGCUGAACUCGCCAACCUCGAUGAGGUCCACGGCGGUAGCGCAUGGGGCGCGGGCACAUUCUCUGGAGCUGAUGGAAGCCGCCAGCCUACUGCGUUGGAGCUGGGCGUUGCCGAGGCGCAGGGCAAGGCGUUCUACGAGGCUGUUUCCAAGGCUCACCCAUGA